UCUGGAUAUCCCACCCAGGCCCAGAGAGUCCCAAACUUCCUGCUCCUGCGAUAGAUCAAGAACACCACCACAUCUCCUCUCCUGACACCGUCCGAAUCACUACCAAUACCGGGCGAUAUCGCGAAAGUCUCAGGUCCGCGACGCAAAUUAUCCACAAUGGCGCUUCCCAUCUCGCGCCCCAAGCUGCCCGUCGCAGUCAACAAGCCGACGCCGUACACUUUCGACCUCGGCCUGCUCAUGGCCAACGAUCCCAAUCCUGUCGAGCUCGACAAGUCGGCGAUCGAGGAGUCUCUCGCCGCUACGGCCCGUGACGGCGCUCAGGCUCUCAUUAAUCAGCUCCUUACGACCUGCCCGCUCCAGAGCACCACUGAGGGCGUCUUGCUUUCGCUACCGCCCCCCUCGACAGAGCUCCCCCGCGAGAAACCCGUGCCGAAGCCCAAGGAGCCCACAAAAUGGGAGCGCUUCGCCGCCAAGCGCGGCAUCAAGCCGAAGACCCGCGAGCAACGGCGCAACCUCGUUUACGACGAGGACACGAAGGAGUGGCGUGCCAAGUGGGGUUACAAGGGCAUGAACAAGAAGGGCGAGGAUGACUGGCUUGUCGAGGUCGACCCAAAGGAGGAGAUGAAUCGCAAGGAGGGAACUACCGUUCAGGGCGACAAGCGCCGGGAAAGAAAAGAGAGGAUCAAGCGCAACGAGAGGAAAAUGAGGAAGAACCAGCGCGAGGCGGGGAAGCGGUAAAAGGGAAAGCUCAAAGGUUUUGUUAUGCUUCGGGGUUCGGCAUAUGGUCACGGCGUUUACACGGUGGUUCGUCAUUUCCAGUCCCUACGGCUUGGGUGUAGAUAGGGUUAUCAAAAAGUAUGAAUUCAUCUCGCGGGCCAAAGUUCCUGGCUGCGAUAACAACCCCACGU